CUAAAUAGUUGGACUUGAGUAUUUUGACACUACAAUUGCUUGAUCUUUCUACUUUGUAUUGAUGCUUUCUCUUUGCAACACCACCUGCACACCUGUGACUCUGGCUUCUUACCCAUGUUUGAUGUCCUAUUUUCUUUGGUUUUAAUAAGUAAUAACACUCAAACAUUGUUUUGCUCUCAAACUUUGAAUUGUCUAUUUUUGGUUAACUUAAGUUGUUAAUUGAAAGAAGAUAAUCAAGUGCUUUGUUUGAAAAACUUAUGACUAAGAGGGGUUUAAAAUCAGCCAAUUUCACCCUCACCUGGUUGUAACAUUUUCACUUGGUCAACAUGCUGCCUUGAUGUCAAAGGUGAUAUUCUCCCCUUCCUAUAGAGUUCACCUCUUCUGUUCAUGUUUGGACAAGAAUGCAGUGAGAUCAGGAGCUCAGUGACUCCGCUGGAUGACCUGACGGUCCACGAACAGGUUACUGCUGAACAAAUGCCACUUGCUAGAACUGUUGAUGUCACCUUCCAUUACUUUGAUCACAGGUAGAUCAUUAGGACAUAUGCAAUCUGACCUGCUUUUUGUGGACAAGGCUUACUUGAGCCAGGCAGGUGCCAUUCCAGUUGAUAUACUGGAAUAAUUUGGCAAGAAACGUAGCUAGUUCUAAAUCAUGCUUUCAGUGCCAUGCUAGAAUGCUGUCCGGACUUAGAAUUUUUGCAAUGUCCAAUGCCUUAAUCUAUUUAUUUAUUUAUGUGGCUUGAGUGAAUUUAAUUGGUAGGAGACUGGGAUCUGAGAUGCUCGGUGCCUCAGGAGGUUGAAAUGGAUCAUCUACUCAGUAGUACCUGUCAACACCAACAAUUGGAAGACUGAAGGACAAACUAAAUUGGGGAAUAAAGGAGAAAAAUGACUAGUUCUUCAGAGAAGCCACAAGAGGGCAAUAGCUUUGAGAUUCGUUACCUGAAAGGUGAUCUGUUCUCAUGCCCAGAGAAGGAUGCACUGGCACAUUGUAUCAGUGAAGAUUGUGAAAUGGAGGCAGGCAUAGCAGUCUUGUUCAAGAAGAAAUAUGGAUGCGUUGAGGAGCUGCAGAAUCAGAAAAAGAAGACUGGGGAGGUGGCAGUGCUGCAGAAAGAUCAGCGAUACAUUUACUAUUUGAUCACUAAGAAGGUGGCAUCUGAUAAACCAACUUAUGAUGAUUUGCAGAGCAGCCUCAAGGCCAUGAAGAACCACUGCCUGAGCAAUGGAGUCUUCCAAAUAUCAAUGCCCAAGAUCGGAUGUGGGCUGGACAACCUGGAGUGGGACAAGGUUUCUGCAAUAAUUCAAGAGGUUUUUAAGAAUACAAAUAUCAUAAUCACUGUGUACUCUUUGUAAGGAUACCCAUUUAUUAUUGUGUAUAGUUCAAAAUAAAUAUCCUGUAAUGCA